AUCGGUCAACCAAGACCUUUUAAAUUUAUCAAAAGAAAAAAAUUGGAAUCUUCAGAAUCCAUAGUAAGAGAGAAUAUAAGACCAAACAAAUCCCAAACCCUAAACACAAAAAAUGGCAGAAACUGUAAUUCCCACCACAGAGAUGGCGGCAGCAACCCUAGCUGAAACCCCAUCUUCUUCAUCUUCAGCCGUAUGGUCAGAAUUCUCCAAAAGAGUACUAAUCAAGAACAUAAUCGGCCGUCCAGAUGGUGGUGUUGGAUUAGCCGGCGAAAAAAUCAAAGUUGGUGGUUGGGUUAAAACCGGUAGAGAACAAGGGAAAGGUUCAUUUGCGUUUCUUGAAUUGAACGACGGAUCUUGUCCAGGAAAUCUACAAGUCAUUGUUGAUUCAUCUGUUUAUGAGUUGAGUCAGAUUGUAGCUACUGGUACUUGUGUUUUCGUUGAAGGGGUUUUGAAGAAACCACCAGAAGGGACUAAACAGAAUGUUGAGUUGAAGGUUGAGAAAGUUUUGGAGGUUGGUGGUGUGGAUCCUGCUAAGUAUCCAUUGCCCAAGACUAAACUUACUCUUGAGUUUUUGAGAGAUCAUGUUCAUCUCAGGCCAAGGACUAACACUAUAUCAGCGGUUGCUCGAAUCAGGAAUGCAUUGGCAUAUGCAACCCAUACUUUCUUUCAGAAGCAUGCUUUCCUUUAUGUCCAUACACCUAUUAUCACAACUAGUGAUUGUGAGGGUGCUGGUGAAAUGUUUCAAGUCACAACAUUAUUUAGUGACACUGAAAAAUUGGAGAAGGAGCUGAAAGAGAACCCUCCACCAUCAGAAGAUGAAAUAGAAGCUGCUAAGCUGUUGGUCAAGGAGAAAGGUGAGGCUGUUGCAGCGCUGAAAGCUGCCAAAGCUACUAAACCUGAGAUUACGGCUUCUGUUUCUGAACUAACAAAGUCUAAGGAGAAGCUUGCAAAGUUGGAGGAGAGAUCUAAACUAAAGCCUGGUAUGCCACAAAAAGAUGGGAAGAUUGACUAUUCAAGUGACUUCUUUGCACGUCAAGCAUUUUUAACAGUGUCAGGGCAGCUCCAGGUGGAGACAUUUGCUUGUGCCCUUAGUAACGUUUACACUUUUGGACCCACUUUUCGAGCUGAACACUCUCACACAUCAAGGCAUCUGGCAGAGUUUUGGAUGGUGGAACCUGAGUUAGCAUUUGCUGAUUUGGAGGAUGAUAUGAAUUGUGCAGAGGCAUAUGUUAAGUUUCUGUCUCAGUGGUUACUUGACAACUGCCUUGAUGAUAUGCAAUUAAUGGUUAAGAAUUUUGAUAAAACUGCAAUAGAUCGUUUGACACUUGUUGCGUCAACCCCGUUUGAGAGAAUUACCUACACAGAUGCUGUAGCACUUCUUGAGAAAGUUACAGAUAGGAGGUUUGAGAAUGCAGUGGAAUGGGGAAUUGAUUUAGCUUCUGAGCAUGAAAGAUACUUGACAGAGGUAAUAUUUAAGAAACCUGUUAUCGUAUACAACUAUCCAAAAGGAAUCAAAGCAUUUUACAUGAGACUCAAUGAUGACGGUAAAACUGUGGCAGCGAUGGAUGUUUUAGUACCCAAGGUUGGAGAACUUAUAGGUGGAAGCCAAAGGGAAGAACGUUACGAUGUCAUUGAGAAAAGGAUUUUGGACCAAGGGUUGCCACUUGAACCAUAUGAAUGGUACCUCGACCUGCGACGCUAUGGGACUGUGAAGCACUCAGGGUUUGGUUUAGGUUUUGAGCGUAUGGUGCUUUUUGCUACUGGCCUUGACAAUAUCCGAGACGUGAUUCCUUUCCCUAGAUAUCCAGGAAAGGCCGAUCUUUAAUCGUGUUUUUCUGUCACAUACUUGACCAACAGCUGUUUACUGGAAUUUCCUUUGAUUUGUUUAGAAAGAAUCAUAGUAACUAGAUAUUCUUGAUGAUUUUAUUUUUUCUCAGUAUCAUAUUGAAAUUAUACUCUGGCUUUAAGCAUUUUGAGCUGUCAAACCCCUCAGCAGUAUAUGGAACUUUUGUUAAACUGCCAUGUCCAUUUGAGAUUCUUAUAUAUAUUUAGAUUUCACGCAAA